CCUUUAUAUUGAGAAAAUAGUUGUUCUCUUCCUUGCCAUUUCCCUGUUAGGAAGCCAUGGCUUGCAGGACAGCCAGGGAGUAGAGGUUCAGAGAAGGAGGCUAAAAAAAACAAGACCUGAAAAAGUUAAGUUUCCAAACAUAUAUUCCCAAAUUGUAGAGUGGACCAUACGGAAUCAUUGCAAUCCCUGGGUUUCUCAUUUACAACUUUUGCAGAAGGUGUUGCUAUGUAUGCUCUCAGGCAUGCUGGAGCCGGAUGUCUAGCACCCAUUGCUAAGUGCACGCUUCGGUAAGAGCUUUGGACUUGGAAUUCUCCAGACUGCUGAGUGGCCUAUGUGUAGUCUAGCAACAUAAUGCUUGGGAUGAGCCACGCCGCCCUGAGGCGAGGACCGGAUGGUAGCCGGAGAGAGCAGGCCGGGUAGUGAGACAACCAUGAUCUGCAGAGGUGGGCAGGCGGGUGGAGACAGGCUUCUUCUGCAGCAAGUACUACUACGUGAACUGUACAUCACGGAGACAAGCCCUGCCAAGAGCAGUGGAAGCAGAAAAACACAGGCCUAUCUCUGUGUCUAUCAUCUCUUACAGGUGAACAAGGUGAUGUCCAUCUUGUUUUAUGUGAUAUUUCUCGCUUAUCUCCGUGGCAUCCAAGGUAACAACAUGGAUCAAAGGAGUUUGCCAGAAGACUCGCUCAAUUCCCUGAUUAUUAAGCUGAUCCAGGCAGAUAUCUUGAAAAACAAGCUCUCCAAGCAGAUGGUGGACGUUAAGGAGAAUUACCAGAGCACCCUGCCGAAAGCAGAGGCCCCCCGAGAGCCGGAGCGGGGAGAGGCCGCCAAGUCAGAAUUCCAGCCGGUGAUUGCAGUGGACACCGAACUGCUACGACAACAGAGACGCUACAACUCACCGCGGGUCCUGCUGAGCGACAGCACCCCCUUGGAGCCCCCGCCCUUGUAUCUCAUGGAGGAUUAUGUGGGCAACCCCGUGGUGGCGAACAGAACAUCACGGCGGAAACGGUACGCGGAGCAUAAGAGUCACCGAGGGGAGUACUCGGUAUGUGACAGUGAGAGUCUGUGGGUGACCGACAAGUCAUCGGCCAUCGACAUUCGGGGACACCAGGUCACGGUGCUGGGGGAGAUCAAAACGGGCAACUCUCCCGUCAAACAAUAUUUUUAUGAAACGCGAUGUAAGGAAGCCAGGCCAGUCAAAAACGGUUGCAGGGGCAUUGAUGACAAACACUGGAACUCUCAGUGCAAAACGUCCCAAACCUACGUCCGAGCACUGACUUCAGAAAACAAUAAACUCGUGGGCUGGCGGUGGAUACGGAUAGACACGUCCUGUGUGUGUGCCUUGUCAAGAAAAAUCGGAAGAACAUGAAUUGGCAUCUCUCCCCAUAUAUAAAUUAUUACUUUAAAUUAUAUGAUAUGCAUGUAGCAUAUAAAUGUUUAUAUUGUUUUUAUAUAUUAUAAGUUGACCUUUAUUUAUUAAACUUCAGCAACCCUACAGUAUAUAAGCUUUUUUCUCAAUAAAAUCAGUGUGCUUGCCUUCCCUCAGGCCUCUCCCAUCUGUUAAAACUUGCUUUGUGAUCCGGCUCUCAGGAGUCACUCUGUAAAAUCUGUGUACACCAGUAUUUUGCAUUCAGUAUUGUCAAGGCCAUGACUGUCGUUUUAGUAAACUUGUUAAAAUCA